AUGGCGACGAAACCUUCUCUGAGCGCCAGAGGGUGUGGCUUCUUCGGAUCGUCACGGACCAAUAACUUCUGCAAGCCUUCAAAGUGCUUCAACGACUUUCUCAGGGAAGAGUCCGCGGAAAUCUUGACCGCUUUGGCCGGAACUCCGGCGACAUCCGGAGAGAAUAGUAGGGAGGCGGCGGCGACAACGCGUGUCGGCAAGAGCAGAUGCCACGUGUGCAAGGGGAAGGUGGGGCUACUAGGGUUCGAGUGCAGAUGCGGCCACGUGUUCUGUGGGACCCACCGCUACGCGGAGGAGCAUUCUUGUCCGUCGGAUUAUAGAUCGGCGGCGAGAGAUGCCUUGGCCAAGAACAAUCCUCUCAUCAAGGCUGAUAAACUGUACAAAAUUUAG